CAUAAUGUCAUGCGAGGUGUAUGUGAUCAGUAAAUAUUAAAAAAAAUAAAUAUUUUAAAAUAUAGUUUUGAAAAUGUUUUCUGCCUUUCAGGAGCAGGUUUAUGAAAGUCAGCUACGUACCUUAUACGUGGGGAAUCUAAACCCGGCUGUGACAGAGGAAUUAAUUAUGGCUUUAUUCGGACAGAUUGGACCGGUCUCAGGUUGCAAGGUUAUCAAAGAGUCUGGGAAUGACCCUUAUUGUUUCGUGGAGUUUACUGACCAUCAGGCUGCAGCGGCUGCUCUAUUGGCCAUGAACAAGAGACACUGUUUUGGAAAGGACAGAAAGGAGACUGGAAACUAAAUACCUGACU